UAGGACGCAACCACUUUAAGGCAUUAACAAUUCUACGGAAAUUUGCUGAUCUAGAGACCGCCGAGAGAAGGGAAAAUACAAAAUGGCGACAGCAAUGAGGCCAAUCCAACCGUCCGCCACCGCAACAGGGACCCUAACCAUCACCAUCGAUGACGGAUACUCGAAGGCCGGCGACGCUUCAUCUACGUCCUCACUCCAUCGGCCGCGGAACGAAACCCUAGUGCUUAAAUUGAAGCCGAAGAAAAAGAAGGUUACGUGGAAGGAAGGCACGGUGGACAACGAGUUCCUCAACAGGAAAAGCUCUAAGAAAUGUUGCAUUUUCCACAAGGAGAAGGCAUUUGAUGAUGAUUUUAGCGAUGACGAUGAGGAAAAGAAAGUUUUGCCGCAAGGCUAUUUUCACAAUCACGAUCAUGAAGAAUGCGGUCGCUGCUGAGAUCGUCGAUUGAUUGAACUUGUAAGUGUAACAAAUUUUUUGGUAUGGCUGAGAAAUUGAGUUUGUUCCUACUUGAUAAGGUUUAAAUUCCUGUUGUAGAAAUUAUAAGGAUAGAUUGGAAAUGCUGAUUGGAUGUCAUGUAAUUUUUUGAUUGCUUCCCUGGAUUUAUUAAAUGCUCCUAGUUUAUGAAUGAAUUUAUGUUGAAUCU